GCCACCUAACCACCAACACUAUCCGUGCUUUUGGUAACCAGCCCAUCAGACUCAGCUCCUUGCCGCCAAGUUCGAGCACCGAGAUAUACGUUCCUUAUUUUCCUGAAUGAACCUCUAGCGCCCUUUUUUCUGCAUACCUCUCUGAUUAUAACUUGUCGCCGGAUUCCGGCCACCCACGGCACCGCUGUGCUGCUCCUCCCGGACCUUGGGUGUUGGACGUAGGAUCAUGGUUAACGCGGGGGAGAGCUCCCAUCGACGAACGAAAUCCUCCGCGCUGUCGCUCUUGAGGCGAAAGGGGGCGGACGACGACGUGUCUUCAGCCGACGAAGCGGCAUCCACCGGCCUCGGAAAUACCACUACAGUGUCCACCACCACGACUUCAGCCACCGAAGCGUCGAUCACCACCGCUCAACACGCCAUCAGGGGCCACAGCUCGAAAAUGUCUGUUUCCGGGACCUUCGUGAGCCGCAACCCCUCUAAUGCCCCCUCGACCGCCGGGGGCAGGUCCCUCAACCCGGCCGAUAGGGCAAGCUCGCUCGAGUCGUCCGUCAGGAAGUUCCGCAUCGUCGAAGCGCUCCGAAACGGCGAUACCGCCUUCAUUUCCAAGGCCAUCCGCGAGAGCUCCGAGAACAGCACGCAAAUGAGCGCCUCCUCCUUCACGGGGCAGUCCGCCGCCCUCGAAGACACCACCAUACUACACUUGGCCAUCCAGUGCGCCGAGCUGCCUGUGAUCGAGUACGUCCUGUCGGAUGGCGCCGGUUCUCUCGACAUCAACGCGCGGGACAAGGAUGGCAACACGCCGCUGCACAUCGCCGCAAUCCAGGGUCGGACUCCGGUCGUCCGUCUGCUGCUGGAAAACAAGGAGAUCAACGACGCCAUAGCCAAUCACCAGGGCCGUCUCCCCAUCGACCUCGCCAGAAACCCGGACAUCUUCCAGCUGCUGCAGCUUUCGAGGUCCAUAUUCGCGGAGAACAAGGUCAGACAGGUGCAGGAUCUAAUCCUCCACGGUGAACUCAAGGUCCUGGAGCAGGUGCUGGAAGAGCCGCGGUUCAAGACGGUGCUGGACAUCAACAGUCCUGAGUUUGCCUUGGAGCCAAAUACGGUCCAGACCGGCGGCACGCUGUUGCAUGAGGCCGCCCGGCGCAAAAACACAAAAUUAAUCCAAGUCCUCCUGCUCCACGGCGCCGACCCAUUCCGCCGUGACCGCAAGGGCAAGCUGCCGCAGGACGUGACGAAGGACGAGAUCACGCGGGCCAUGCUGAAGAAGUCGCCCGCUGCCGUGGCAGCUCAGCGGGGCAUUCAGGAGAAGGCCGUGCUGGGCUCCACGACCCAGGGCGCCACGACGGCGACCCCGGGCGAUCCGCUGGCCGGGCGGGAAGCGCGAGAAAUGAAGGGCUAUCUCAAAAAAUGGACCAACUACCGGAAGGGCUACCAGCUGCGUUGGUUUGUGCUGGAGGAUGGCGUCCUCAGCUAUUACAAGCAUCAGGAUGACGCCGGAUCUGCCUGCCGCGGCGCCAUCAACAUGCGCAUUGCCAAGUUGCACAUGAGCCCCGACGAGAAAACCAAAUUCGAGAUUAUCGGGAAAUCGUCGGUCAAGUACACUCUCAAGGCGAACCACGAGGUGGAGGCGAAGCGCUGGUUCUGGGCGCUCAACAACUCGAUCCAAUGGACCAAGGACCAGGCCAGGGAGGAAGAACGGCAGAAGGCCCGGAGCGCGGAGCUGCUGAAGCAGGCGAGAGCUGAGCAUUCCCACCACCUCCCAGACCCGGCCAGCGAAAGCGCCAGUCUCGGGGAGCCCUCGCGCAGCAGCAUCCAGCUCACGCGGUUGCACUCCUCCGCCCGCGCGUCCAGCAAGAGCGGCUUUCCAACGCUUGGGAACAACGAAGAGGAUGACUUCGUCGACGCGGCCACCGAGGCGGGCAAGACAGACCGCAACGGCGGGACCGUCGCGGAUGAGGAGGGCGACGACGAGGAAGAGUACGGCGAGGGAUCGAGUGGGCAGGAUUCGCCGCCAGCAAACAAAGACGCCUUCAACAUCACGGCCCAGUCGGCCAAGCUGCAGCUCGACACCAUGGCCGCCGUUACUUCGGCCCUUCUGCUCGAGUCCACCAAGAGCCCGGCGCUUCCGUUGUCUGACCCCAAGAUGGCCGAGGCACUAGCGACAUACGACGCCGCCAUCCGCUCACUCACGGGCCUCAUCGGCGACCUCCUCCGGAUCUCGAAGGACCGCGACGCGUACUGGCAAUACCGCCUCGACCGGGAAUCCGAGAUGCGGCGCAUGUGGGAGGAGAGCAUGGCUCAAGUGGCCAAGGAGCAAGAGGCACUCGAGGCGCGCGUCGGCGAGGCCGAACUGAAGCGGCGGUUGACGAAGCGCAUCCUUAAGGAGGCUGUCGAGAACGGCAUUCUUGCGGGCACUGAGGCACCGCCAUCCCCGGCUCCGGCGGCUAAAGCGGCAGCCCAGGCGGGAGCGGAGGCCGAGGCUGCUGCCGAAGCCCCGGCGGCGAAGACACCUACCCUGAAUCUGUCGCGCCAGCAGACCGUGAUAACCCAGAUCGCCGACAUCUCGGAUUCGGAAACCGACGAGGAGGAGUUCUUCGACGCGGUCGAUGCGGGCCAGGUCGAAGUAUCACAGCUGCCGCCAACGGAGCCCACCGCCCCCCAGGAAGAGAAACAGCUGGCCGUCACAGGCGCCUGCGACAUCAGCAGUUCCUUCAAGGGAUACGAGAAUGGCAUCCGCACGCGCCUGAAGAUGGACGCGGACAACCGGCCAAAGAUCUCGCUCUGGAGCAUCCUCAAGUCCAUGGUUGGUAAGGACAUGACCAAAAUGACGCUGCCGGUCUCGUUCAACGAGCCCACUUCUCUCCUCUACCGCUGUUGCGAGGACAUGGAGUAUGCGGACCUCCUCGAUCUGGCCGCCGACCGGGCGGAUUCGCUCGAGCGCUUGCUCUACGUCGCCGCGUUCGCGGCCAGCGAGUACGCAUCCACCAUCGGGCGCGUUGCCAAGCCCUUCAACCCGCUGCUCGGCGAGACGUUCGAGUACGUCCGGCCGGACAAGAACUACCGCUUCUUCAUCGAACAGGUCAGCCACCACCCGCCCAUCGGCGCCGCCUGGGCCGAGUCGCCCAAGUGGACCUACUACGGCGAAUCGGCGGUCAAGAGCAAGUUCUACGGCCGCUCGUUCGACAUCAACCCGCUCGGCACGUGGUUCCUCAGGCUGCGGCCCACCCACGGCGGCAAAGAGGACUUCUACACCUGGAAGAAGGUCACGUCCUCGGUCGUCGGCAUCAUCACCGGCAACCCGGUGGUCGACAACUACGGGCCGAUGGAGAUCAAGAACUGGACCACGGGCGAGGUCUGCCACAUCGAGUUCAAGCCGCGCGGCUGGAAAGCCUCGAGCGCGUACCUACUCUCGGGCAAGGUUGUCGACGCCAACGGCCGCGUGCGCUUCAGCAUCGGCGGGCGGUGGAGCUCCAAGAUCUACGCGCGCUACACGCCGGGCUACGAGGCCACGGUCGUCGAGCCGCCCGCGGGCAACAACAGCAGCGACGGUGGCAGCAGCACCGCCGACGGCGACGCCGGCAGCGCCAACGGCGGCGUCGACCCCACCGCCGCCGCCGCCAGCGACCCCAACAAGGCCUUCCUCAUCUGGCAGGCCAACCCGCGGCCGCAGGGGAUCCCGUUCAACCUGACGCCGUUCGUGGUGACGUUCAACCACCUGGACGACGCGCUGCGGCCGUGGCUGGCGCCGACCGACUCGCGCUUCCGGCCGGACCAGCGCGCCAUGGAGGAGGGCGAGUACGACUUCGCGGCCAGCGAGAAGAACCGGCUCGAGGAGGCGCAGCGCGCCCGCCGCCGCGCCCGCGAGGCCCGCGGCGAGCAGUUCGUCCCCGCCUGGUUCCGCAAGGCCCGCUGCGAGAUCACCGGCGAGACGUACUGGCAGUUCAACGGCGAGUACUGGAAGCGGAGGGAGAGGGCGGGGCCCAAUGGGGAUCCCAGCGUAUGGGACGGGCUGGAGCCGAUCUUUUGAUGCGCCCCCCCUGCCGGUGGAGGCCAGAGUUUGUGGAUGGGAUGGGAUGGGAUCCGGUGGCGAGGUUCUUGAUUUGACUGUUGGAUAGGGAUGUUAUUCCUAUUUGCUGACAGAAGCCGGAGGGCCCGUGUGUGAGGCGGAGGUGUUGUUGGGUUUUGGUUACCU